CUUUCUUCCCCAAAGAGAAGAUUUUAUUUCAAAUAAAGCUGUUUACUUGGCACCUCUGGGCGACCCUUUUUGGAAGAGCCACAGCCAUGGGUGGCUUUGGAGUCUCACCUCGAAGGCACAAGUUCAUCCUGCUUGUGCUGUUUCUUUUGCACAUUCCGAGUCUGGGUCUGGACAUGGAAAGUCAUCCUACCACUGAAGUCUGUGCCACACACACCAUUUCACCAGGACCCAAAGGAGACGAUGGCGAAAAAGGAGAUCCAGGAGAGGAGGGAAAGCUUGGCAAAGUGGGACGCAUGGGGCCAAAAGGGAUUAAAGGAGAACUGGGUGAUAUGGGAGACCAAGGCAACAUUGGCAAGACUGGGCCCAUUGGCAAAAAGGGUGACAAAGGGGAAAAGGGUUUGCCUGGGAUUCCUGGAGGAAAAGGCAAAGCAGGUACUGUCUGUGAUUGUGGAAGGUACCGGAAAGUUGUUGGGCAACUGGACAUUAGUGUUGCUCGCCUCAAGACAUCUAUGAAGUUCGUCAAGAAUGUCAUAGCAGGGAUUAGGGAAACGGAGGAGAAAUUCUACUACAUCGUGCAGGAAGAGAAGAGCUACAGGGAAUCCCUGACCCACUGCCGGAUCCGGGGCGGCAUGCUAGCCAUGCCCAAGGACGAAGCUGCCAACACACUCAUCGCGGACUACGUAGCCAAGAGUGGCUUCUUCCGGGUCUUCAUCGGGGUGAAUGACCUUGAGAGGGAGGGACAGUAUGUGUUCACGGAUAACACGCCACUGCAGAACUACAGCAACUGGAAGGAGGGGGAGCCCAGCGACCCCUAUGGUCAUGAGGACUGUGUGGAAAUGCUGAGCUCAGGCAGGUGGAAUGACACGGAGUGCCAUCUCACCAUGUACUUUGUCUGUGAGUUUGUCAAGAAGAAAAAGUAACUUCUUUCAUGCUACACAUUGGUUAUCCCCUGUGACUACCAUUGCUGUUCUUUUUAUCUAUCCUUUUCUCCCCAGUUAUGCUAAAUUUGUUCUGACUCAGGACAAGUGGGAAAUGCUAAACUGAGGUUUGGAAUCUCCAUC